CAUUCUGAACCUUUAAGCGUUCAGAUGGAUUGCAAUUAUCAGGGAUAUGCUGCAGGAUUUCCAACUUCCAGGGUGACACUCAGCACUUGUUCAGGACUCAGAGGAAUAUUGCAGUUUACAAACAUCUCAUAUGGAAUUGAACCAUUGGAGGCCUUAUCAGGAUUUGUGCAUAAGAUCUAUGAAGAAAAAAGCGAUAUUAAUAUUCCUCUAUUAGGAGACAGUGACAUUUAUUCUUGGUCUAUUGAUUCACAGUAUCAAGCCAGGAAAAGUUCAAAAAGCACCGGUGUUUCCAAGUUAUGGCAGCGAUAUCUUGAAAUGCACAUUAUCGUGGAUAAAGAUCUGUUUGAUUAUAUGGGCUCUGACAUAAAGGUUGUGACACAGAAGGUUAUUCUGAUAAUUGGCCUUGUUAACGCAAUGUUAACCCAGUUAAAACUCACUGUUAUAAUAUCUUCCAUAGAAAUCUGGUCAAAUAAAAACCAAAUUCCUACUACUGGGCAUCCUGAUCAUGUAUUACAUAGGUUGUUAGAAUGGGAACACAAAUAUCUUGAUCUUCAACCUCACCAUAGUACAUUUUUGUUUUCCUUUAGAAAAUAUCCUAGUUUUAUGGGAACUACCUUUCCUGGAAAAUUCUGUGACAUGAAUUAUGCCAAAGGAGUUGCUUUGUAUUCAGAAGGCUUAUCCUUGGAGUCAUUUACUGUUAUUAUUGUGCAGCUACUUGGCCUUAACCUGGGAUUAACUUAUGACAGCAAUACUGACAACUGCCAUUGUUCAGCUGAAAUUUGUACAAUGAUGCCAAAAGCAGUACAUUUUGGAGGUGUAAAGGAUUUUAGCACCUGCAGUUUGGAUAACUUCAAGUAUAUCAUCGCACAAUCUAACCUUAACUGUCUUCAGAAUCACUCAGUUGAUACACCAGUUUAUAAACAAUCAAGCAAAGUGUGUGGCAAUGGAAAGUUGGAACCUGGUGAAGAAUGUGAUUGUGGCACUGCAAAGAAUUGUACACACAAAGCCUGCUGUGAUCCUAGAACAUGUAUGUUGAAAAGAAAAAAAGUAUGUGGUUCUGGAACAUGCUGCUCACAAAGUUGCAAGUUAAAACAAGCUGGUGAGCUGUGCAGAGAACAAAUUGAUGAUCAAUGUGAUUUUCCUGAAUAUUGCAAUGGAUCUAGUAGUUUCUGUAUGCAGGACACUUAUGCACGUAAUGGAGAAAGUUGCGAUUCCGGUGAUGCCUUAUGCUUUGAUGGAAAAUGUCAGUCAUUUGACAGACAAUGCCAAUCAUUAAUUGGAGGAGAUUCUACAGGUGCUCCUUUUGAUUGUUAUGAGGAUAUAAAUAGCAGAGGCGAUAAAUAUGGAAACUGUGCUGACACUGUGUGUCCAUUUCCGGAUCUUCUUUGUGGAAAAUUAGUUUGUUCAUGGCCACACAAAAAAUUAAUACUCCGUCCCAAUUUGUCUGUGUUGUAUACACAUCUACGAGAUGAAAUGUGUGUAACCACACAUCUACCCUUCACGGCGUCAGUUAAACUCAAAGAUGUUGCGGAAAAAACAACAUACUCUGGUCCUGGAGACAGAGAUGAGACAUUUGUGCAUGAUGGCACCCCAUGUGGUCCUGGAAUGUUUUGUUUCAGACUUAGCUGUACAGAAAUUGCUUUCUCUCAUAAUUUUUUGUUGUGUGAUCCUGUCAACCAUUGCAAUUCAAAAGGCGUUUGCAAUAAUUUUAACCAUUGCCAUUGUGAAAAUGGUUUUGCUCCACCUGAUUGCAAAGUAAGGAAAGGAGAAUUUGGAAGUAUUGACGAUGGACAUCCGAUAAAACGUGCUACAAGUUUGAUUCAGGGAAGAUAUGCCUCUACUCCAAAAAACCAGGUUCAGCUCAUUGCAUACAUUUGCAUACCUAUGGCCGUCAUUAUUACUGUUGCAUUAAUAAAGCGGAACAAAUUACGAGAGCUUUGUAACAGAGAAGACAGUGAAAAUGAGAGAUCUCUGACGGAAGAGAACAGCAGUAGCAGCAAGUUAUCCCUCAGUACAAGACGCUGAAAAAAUCUUCUGGCAUGUC